AUGCAAAGUUUCAUACCAACUAAAACAGUUUUACUUACUUCUCUUUCACCAAAAGGUUUUUCUUCUAUUUUUAUUGGAUUUUUAAUGGCUGUUUCAUUUAUAAUGAUUAUGACAAUGUCACUUCCAAGACAAUAUGGUACUAAAGUAUUAAAUAACACAUGUGCAUUUUCAGAUUCAAGUGCUUGUCUUUCACAUUUAGUUCAAAAUGGAAGUAAUUUUACAAUUAAAGUAGAUGAUAUUGCUGCUACAAACCAAAAAGUUUAUAUUUAUUUAACAUAUGAAUUACAAAAUGCACCAAGAGGACGUAUUAAAAUGAGUGUCAAUACUUCAUUAUAUAAACCAAAAGAGAAAAAUAAAUCUAUUACAAAAUAUGAUGAAGUAAAAUUAAUUAAAUCAUUUACAAAAAAACAUAGAUCAUUUUGUAAUUCAAAUAAUUCAUGUGAAGUAUUAUUAGCAUCAAUUGAAUCAAGUAAACAAUAUGAAGAUAUAUAUGCAGUAUUUAGUGUUAAUUUUAUUUCUUUAUCAGAAUCACUUGGUUCUCCAUCAUUAAGUAUUGUAUAUAUUACACCAGAAUUUACAUCAUUUGAAGUAUUUUGGAGAAUAACAUUAUUAACUUGUAUGUGUUGUUGUACAUUAUUUUUUAUGUAUAUUUUAAGAGGUAUUCCAUUUAAACAAUGGUCAUUAGAACAAAAAUGUACAGUACUUUUUAUGAUUGGAUUAACUAUUUCAAAUAAUGGAUUUUAUUCAUAUGAAUUUAUGAGUGCAAAUGAAUUAUUCCCAUCAAUUAAUGCAAUUUGUGAUUCAAUUAUGUUAUGUUCAUUAUUAUUAUAUGUUUUAGUUGUAAUGGAUGCAUUAAGAAAACCUUUAAGUCAACGUACAUUUAAAUUCUUUUAUUUCCCAAGAUUUUUAAUUGUUUUAUUAAUUGGUUCAUUCUUAGUAAAUCUUUAUUUAUAUAAUUCAGAAAAUAGUGAUCCUGUAAUAGUAAUGAUGAAAGAUCCUAUUAAUGCAACAAUGGCAGUAUUAACUGGUUUAUUAUCUCUUAUUUAUUUAUUCUGGUUAAUCUUUGCUAUUAUUCGUUCAUUUUCUGAAGCUCGUAAAUUAGGUGAAAAAGGUCAAAGAAUUAAAAUGUAUGGAACAUUUACUAUUAUUGCUAUUUUCAUCUUCUUUGUUCUUUUAUUAUCUGAUUAUUUUAUUGGAUACCGUUCAAAUGCUGCUGUUUAUUUAACAUUGAUUGCAUAUGUUAAUAUUUAUGCUAUUGUUUUAAUGAUUUUCUAUCUUCCAUCUACUAAAAAUCAAAAUGAAUGGAAUAAUCGUAGAAGAGAAAUUGUACUUGAUGAUGUUAAAGUAACACAAUAUGAUGAUGAUGAUAAUGAAUUGAUUGUUGAAGAAAAUAAUGAAAAAAAUGAAGAAGAAUUACUUAUCACAGCUACAACUGAAGAACCAACUGGAGAUAUUAAUUCAAAGAAAAUUGAAUUAUAA